AUGGAUACACACCCGGAGCUCUCAUCUAGUGGCCCAGACCCCAACCACAAGUUGGACAUAACGGUUCAGGAGGAGCCACAAACCCCAUCAUCCAGCCCUACCCUCUGUUUUGGUGACCCCAGCUGGACUAUUCACUUUCAAGACAAGAAAGACGACUCCCAGCCUACCGACUAUAGCGCUCGCCAGUGGGGCACUGCUACAAAAAUCCUAAUCUCCAUCGUUGCAAUUGCCUCGUUCUUUGUGGUCACCCUGACAAAUUCGAUCUACAUUGCUGCCAUUCCGGGCGUUAGAGCGGAGUUCCAGAUUGGAUCUACCUUGGCUAUAUCGCCCGUUACCCUAUACGCUAUGGGGUUUACGAUUGGUCCUCUCCUCUCGUCGGCUUUGUCAGAGGAGUUUGGGAGACAGUGGGCUAUUAAAUGCUCUCUGCUCCUUCACCUGGUCUUCACUAUCCUCGGUGCCACAGCGCGAAACUUUCGGACCCUUGCCGUUGCCCGUGCCUUAUCAGGCAUUUUGGGCUCUCCAUUGGUGACCAUAUUUGUGGGAGUCCUGAACGAUAUAUGGAAGAUGCCUGAAGAUCGGCUGGCAGUCCCUGUAUUCCUGCUCUAUGGACUCGGAGGUAUCGCUGCUCCAACAGUCGGGCCUAUCAUUGGACAGCCCGUCGUGGAAGCCGGCGGAUGGCGGUGGUCCUUUUGGCUGAUAGCCAUACUGAUUAGUGUCUGCUUUCUCGCAGUCCUUCCUAUCGCAGAAACCUACGAACCGGAGGUGCGGAGGAAGGCGCUCAAUCUCCCUCGUCGUGACUGGCGCAAGCUCAUAGGUCCUGCCGUCCUACAACCUCUCGAUAUGCUCUGGAAGGAACGUAUCAUAUUCCCCACCACUUCUGUUACUAUUGCGGGCCAAGUCGUGCUUUUCGUUCUCUACGAAUCGUUCCCGAUCAUGCUGAACGAGGUCUAUGGAUUCUCCCCAUACCAGACGGGGCUGGCCUUCUUAGCCCAACUGGCCGCAGGCUUUGUGGCAUUCCCACUGUUAGCCUUUAUCGAGAGGAAAAGACAAGCCACCGUGGAAGACCCGGAAUUUAUUCUCGUCGGCGGCAAGUUAGCGGGUGCCGCGAUGUGGGGUUCUCUCUUCACUCUCGCAUGGUUGCCACGGCACAAUGUUCAUUGGGUCUGGGUAAUUCUGGCGUCUGCUGUUUUCGGGUUUGGUUUUGCGUUGUCACAGUUAGUCUAUGCCUGCUACAAAAACGAGGUGUAUAGUGCCGAGCUCGGGGCUUCCGUUCUCGCAAUCGACGUGUCUAUGAGAUACGGGGUGUCGUGUGUAUUUCCCCUGUUCACCAUGCAGUUUAUGGAGCGGAUCGGGUUUCACUGGAUGAUAUCUCUGUUUGGGGUUCUACAUCUAACCCUAUGGACUAUUCCGUGGGCCUUACAAAAGCACGGUGCUAACGCGCGCGAUAUAAGCCCCUAUCUGAAUCGCCACUCCCGACCGUACGAAGAUGCUGUGAAGAGCAUUCAGACGGCGUAA